AUGGCUGCCGGUCUGAGGAAGUGUGCGCCGGGGGCAGCCCGUGGAAAGGACCCUGCUCCGGCGAGGGAUGCCGGAGAAAGGGGCGGAGAAGAAGAGGGGAAGCGUGCGAGAAGAAGGAGCAGGUGGCGGAGUGGAGCAGUGGGAAUGCCUGCAAAGUGUGCGCUGUCUGCGGGGAUGUUUUUACUCCUGCUCCGGUCUUCUUUGGCCGCAGAGGAAAAGAACAGUGAUGAUACCUCUGGCUCCUUGUCAUUACCAAGUGACCACACAGUUCCAGCUGCUCCUGCUCAUCCGUCGGCUGAGCAGCGGGUGCCUUUUGCGGUGCCCCACUCAGAGGCUGGCUCAGAAUCUGAGGGGCAAGGUCUAUUGGGCCUACCUGCCUUUUCAUCUGUCUUAACUGUAGUGGCGGAAACUGUCAAACACCCAGAGAGCCUUGGUAACAGCCGAACUUCCCCAACACUCUCCACUGACAUCAACAUCACCCAAUGGCCUUCACACAAUUCGAACCGAGACUCAGUGACGUUGUCUUCAUCAUCCCCAGGAAGUUCGUUGGUGGAAACGGACAAAUUGACCGCCAGAACAUCCAGAGUGUCUGCGUCCACUUCUUCCAAAGAUGCCAGACUAGCUCCCUCGAAAUCCGCUGGAAUGACUUCUUCUCCUGGGCCCACUGAGAGGACAUCUCAGGUAUCGCCUCUGACUGCGCAACAGGACACCACAACAGCCUCUGUGAAGCUCAGCACCACAAGUUUGGCUUCAAGUACCACUACAAGAAUGCCCCACAGUUCAACGCCUUCGCCAAGAGUAACUACCACGCAGUCAACAGUUCUAACCUCGGUGCUGCCUGUGACUGUUUCCUGGAAAACGACCACUACCACAACUAUCAGGGCUCCAUCUAGCAGAAGAAUAUUCACACCACCCAUCCUGAGGACGAGCCCUCCAAGGGGUGGCACAACUGUCUUUAUGUCCCCUUUUACCACCACCACAACAGAAGCUCCACCUCAGCUGUGCAACAUUACUGAAAGAAUGUGGGUGAGAACAGUUGUGUCCAUCUAUGUGAGGAGGAACAGGCUGGACAGCAUCCAGAGGCAGAAUCUGCGCCGGGGACUCAGUCAGGGUCUCCGGAAAGCUCUGAAUGAUAGCUCAGCUCAAGCUCAGGUGGAGACUGUAUUUGGUUCACCCAACAUGACAGUGGCUUAUCACGUCACUGGAAGAGACAUGGUUUACGUCCCCUCCGUUGUGCUCUCGGGCUUGGACUGGUAUGGUCGGGAUAAGCUGAUUGCAGACUUGCGACAGUAUCUUCCUAUGGUUACUGCACUUCCCAUUCCCGUUGCAAUGUGGCGGACCAGCCCGGCUCCUGGCUUCCAGCUAAAAACAGUUCUGCAAUUUGUGGGAGCUGCCGAUGAUCCACGCUCCUGUCAGUUUUCUCAAAUAAUGGAAGAAAGGCUGGAGAAGGUUUUUUCCGAAGCACAGGCUAAAGUGCUUAAUGUCAACAGCAAACUGUCUGUACAGAUGCUGAGUGUCUCCCAGGCUGCAGGGUCUCCCGCUGUGUCACUGGUUUACUGUGUGAAAAAUGGGACCGUCUUGCUAAAUGGCACCACUGCUUCAAACAUCCUUGGUCAGCUGUCCUCUGAGUUGGUGGGCUACUUCCUUUUUUACCCACCGCUUGUCGUCGCAGAGCCACUGGAAUAUCACAACCUGAACACCUCCAUUGCCACCAGAGACUUUUGGGUUAUAACAGUAAUCCAGGAUGUGGAUAACGCCAGCCUAUCUGAACUUUACCAAAGCUUUGCCAGUCUGAUGGAGCAGCGACUCGCGGAGUUGUUUGUGUUGGCAGGCCAGCACGGCACUCGCUUCAGACGAGCUACCGCUGUAGGCAGCUACACCGUCCAGAUGGUGAGUCUCAGAAGGGUCCCGGGAUUGAAAAACCCAGCGGAGAUGACCUACUAUGUGCAGCACAAUGGCAUUCCGUUAGCUGGUGCAUCAGCUGCCAAGGUCCUCAACACGGUGGAUUCUCAGACAAUGGCGCUCACCCUGGGCUACUUUGUUCAGCUGCAAGCAGAACCUGUGGUCAAGAACCCUCCAAAUAACCUUUGGAUAAUCGCUGCAGUGUUGGCACCCAUAGCCGUUGUUACACUCAUCAUCCUCAUAAUCACAGCUGUUCUGUGCAGAAGAAACAAAAAGGACUUUAAAGCAGAUGCCAUCGGAAACCUCAAUCCUAGAGCUAAGAUGACGUAUCGGAGGGAUGUCAACUACUAUCAUCAGCCGGUUCAAGGUUUUGACUAUGCAAAGCAGCAUUUGGGGCAGCAGGGAGGAGAUGAGGAGACCUUACCUGCUGGUCAAGAUACUUUGAUGUUGUCCCUGAAAAUUCGGGAUGCACCACUUUCGUUAGAGAAGACUUUGAAAUACGACGGCACAGUCAACAAGACGAACCUCACCAGUGAUAAAAACAAAAGCAAGUUGUUGAGUGAGGACGGUUCCGUCAUCAGCAGCGAAUCAGAGCAGCGGAAUUCCGUCCGGCGCUUGGCGGCGCCGAAAGUCACAGCACAGCAGAAACCAACAAAGGAGGAGACGCGCAAGAGAGAUGAUCCAUAUGACACCUCAUCUGGCUCCCUGCAGCUCAUUUCAAUAAAACCCAUGACAGCUCAGCUCAACUAUUCACAACAUCUUUCUUCUGAUCGCAACUCAGCCAUGCUCAAUGGAGAGGUGAAUUUAGCUCUCAAGCAGCGAGCGGACGCCGAGCACUAUAGGAACAAGCUGAGGGUCAAGGCCAAGAAGAAGGGCUAUUAUGACAAUGCACCUAUGGAUGGCAGUAGCUACAAUAGCCGGGCCCUCUCGCAGCGGCAUGGCCAGGAGAAGUUGGUGGACCCUGAUGACGAGCGAAAUUCUACCUAUGUCAAGUCUCACGUGAGGCAAAAUCAAGUAGGGCAGACAUCAUAUCGCAGCAGGCAGAGCCUAAACAGUCCGAGUCCUGGAGGAACUGAGAUGGAUUUGCUUGUGAUGAGGGAGAGACCCAGGAAAGGCAUCCGGAACAGUGGAUAUGAUACCGAGCCUGAGUUAAUUGAGGAAACAAACGUCGACCAUUUAAUGGAUCAAAGGGGCUUCGUGUACGGUCGCGGUCUGAAAGGCCAGUCACAGACAUCCACCCUGAGCUCACAGCCAUCCAUUGAUGAAGUGCGGCAGCAGAUGCACCUGCUUCUGGAGGAGGCAUUCAGCCUGGCCUCAGGGGGACACUCCACAUCCGGGAGGCACUCCCACCACCACCGUCCCCCGCCCGACCAAUACAGCGCCGCUCCACCUUCAAUUCCCUAUGCAGAUGUGGUGACCAGUGCCCCAGGCACUAUAAGCUGUGGUCGUGGAGGACUGCAGUGUGGGUCGUCUUAUGGAGCAGACGUAUACCAGUGCAGUUUACCUAAACCAGCCUUUCACUUCACUCAGUUGCCUGAUAUGGCAAUUAGCUCUCCUCCUCCUUUACCGCCUCGUACUGGACCACCUCCUGGCACCUCCUUAAGACGUUCCAUCUCUGACCUGGGACCCAAGGGAAGGAGCUCUCAGACAUCUGUCACAGACAUGCAGAGUCUACAUGACAAUAACCCAUAUGGGCCAAGUUCCAGAGCAGCACUUCCAUCCAUCACUAUAGAGCAGCCUGUGUCCAACUACUCAGGAAAUCCAAUAACGGCAGUCUAUUCCAUCCCAGCCAGCAGGUCGGGCUACUCAGACUAUUACGUGUCCGCCUCGCCCACUUCGUACCACAGUCCUUCUUGGAUGUCUUAUCCUCCUGAGCCAGAAGAUGUGUCACAUCAGUGGGCAGACUCUCUUCCUUUGCCGGGUUAUGUCGAGGCUUUCCCUCAUCCUCGCUACCCACAGGGGAGCCCCUCCAUACUCCCACUACAGUACACUCAGACUCUGGACCAACAGCCUACCACCCAGAGCACAGCAGCAUCCCAGAAAAGCUUGCAGCAGGUGGGGAAGGACACGGACAGCAUUCCCCUGAGCAAUCUCUCCACCUCUGCACUUGUACAGGCGAUACGACAAGAGGUGGCCAAGCUGGCAAAGAAGCAGAGUGAAAUGUUUGAUUUCUAG